GAGGCACUCAAUCUACCAGAAUUGCUCCUAAUUAAGCGGCGCUCGGUUCGCCGCCGCCUGCAAUCGGACGGUACAAAGCCGCGGGCAGAUUAGUAGUUGCGCUAGCUCCGAGCCAUUUCCAGAAUCCUUCGUGGGAGUUGAUGUCCGGGGGGCUUAUGUACAGCAUGACGGAGUCGGGUGGCAGGCAACGAUGAACCCAGCAAAUAGUACCGGAGCCCGGGAGGAAAUCCUCUUUAGCCCCACUGCCUACAAAGUUCUGGCAGCCGGCGUAGGCACGAUCGGCGUGGUGGGGGUCUGCAACAAUUUCUUGAUGUUGCUGCUCUACUGCAAAUUCAAGAGGCUCAAGACUCCCACUAACCUGCUUCUGGUGAAUAUCAGCAUCAGCGACUUACUCCUGUCCGUCUUCGGAGUCGUCUUUACCUUUGUCUCCUGCGUGAGAGGGCGAUGGGUUUGGGACUCCACCGCCUGUGUCUGGGACGGUUUCAGUAAGAGCCUAUUUGGAAUUUCAUCAAUAGUGUCACUUGCAGUCCUAUCGUAUGAGCGCUACAUCCGGUUGGUGAAUGCAAAGGCAAUUGACUUUUCCUGGGCCUGGCGUGCUAUCACCUACAUCUGGCUUUACUCACUGGUCUGGUCUGGAGCACCACUAAUCGGCUGGAACAGAUACUCUCUGGAGCUGCAUAAACUAGGCUGCUCGGUGAACUGGGACUCCAGGAACCCAAGUGAUACAUCGUAUGUCCUCCUCUUAUUCCUGGGCUGCCUGCUCGUCCCUGUAGGUGUUAUAGCUUACUGCUAUGGGAAUAUUUUGUAUAGCAUAAGGAUGCUUCAACAUAUUCAGGACCUCCAGUCAGUCCGACUUGCAAAGAUAUUAACAUAUGAGAAGAAUAUGGCGAGAAUGUGCUUCUUCAUGAUCACUAUAUUUUUGUUCUGUUGGGUGCCGUAUGCAGUGUUGUCCUUCAUGCUAGUUUAUGGCUAUGCUGAUAAAAUUACUCCCACUGUAACCAUAAUUCUUUCACUACUUGCCAAGUCAAGCACAGCAUAUAAUCAUAUCAUUUAUCUCUUCAUGAGCAAAAAGUAUCGAUGGUGCCUAAUGCAACUGCUUUGCUCUCGCCUGAUGAGAAUUAAGUGGGUAAUAAAAGAUCAUGCUGUUCGAGUCCGGGGUGAGAAGCCAGGAAAACCUAUUGUCCUGUCUGAAAAGGUUGUGGAGCGGCCUAAAAAGAGAGUGACUUUCAGUUCAUCUUCGAUUAUCUUUAUCAUAACUAGUGAUGAAACUCGGGAUAUCGAUAGCACUGCUGAUGUUAACUCCACAAACCUGAGUGUUGUACAAGUGAGACCAUUAAAGUCAGAAAGAGCAUAAACCGGAAAUAAAAAUGAAUAUUGUGGAACAG